AUGAGCAAGACAACAUCGACAUCAGUUGCUGGUGGUAAUGUCGGUGACAAGGAACUCGAAGAUCUGAGGGACAGGUACGAAGGCAAGCUGACGGCCUCACUCUACACAGGUGUCUUUAGUGUUACCAUAAUCGCCACCCUUCCAGCGCUUGCCUGUCUUCUCUACCUUUACACGUUUCUUGUCUUCCGUAUCAAAAUCAUCACCCUUAAAGAGACGAUACCAGUUUUCUCAGAGACAACAUCGACAUCAGUUGCUGGUGGUAAUGUCGGUGACAAGGAACUCGAAGAUCUGAGGGACAGGUACGAAGGCAAGCUGACGGCCUCACUCUACACAGGUGUCUUUAGUGUUACCAUAAUCGCCACCCUUCCAGCGCUUGCCUGUCUUCUCUACCUUUACACCACGGAGUCAUUCAGCGCAGUGCUACCAACACUAUUGGAGCUAUCAGUCUUGUUGCUAAGCGGCCUUUGCUUGCUGGGGCUGUCUCAACUGCCGGCUAGUUUGAAUUCGAAGCGCGUCCGCUACUGUCUGGGCUUGCUGGGUGGCGCUGUUAUCGGACUGGGUUGCGUGGCCCUGGCAGCCCCGAUACCCGCCUUCGUUACCUUGCUAGCUCUUGUGGCGACUCUGCCUCGCAUUCGCCAGCAUCGGCCAUCUCUUCUUGGUCUGUUGUUCGCGCUGUUGUACGUGGCAAGGAGAGUCGUUCUCUAUGUUAAUAACGACAGUGGUCGGCUCAUGCUGUACGAGGUAGAGAGCGAUGUUCUACUGAUGCUGGUGGCACUUACUGCUGGUCUGUACUACCGUGUGCUAACGUCACGAGCCCAUCGGCAAACUUUUGCUGGGACAAAGACGAUCAUCGAGUCACGGAUCAAACUCGAAUGCGAGCGCGAGCAGCAGGAGCAGCUUCUACUUAGCGUCAUACCCGCUUACCUGGCUGCCGAGGUCAAGCGCAACAUGAUGCUCAGUAUGGCGAGCGAGUGCCAGGAAGUGGGAAAGCAUAAACAGACGCGUUUUCACGAGAUGUACGUCCAGCGACACAACAAUGUCAGUAUUUUAUACGCCGAUAUAGUCAACUUCACACCACUGUCAGAGCAGCUGUCAGCCUCGGACUUGGUGAAAACUCUUAACGAGCUCUUUGGCCGUUUCGACCAGAUCGCACAAGACAAUCAAUGCAUGAGAAUAAAGAUCCUCGGUGACUGUUACUACUGCGUCUCGGGGCUGCCAGUCUCGCGACCCAAUCACGCCUACAACUGCGUCAACAUGGGCCUGCAGAUGAUCGAAGCCAUACGGUUCGUUAGGGAGGCGGCUGGAUUCAACGUGGACAUGAGAAUCGGCAUUCACACGGGAAACGUCCUCUGCGGCGUUCUCGGUCUGCGGAAAUGGCAGUUCGACGUCUGGAGCGACGACGUCACUCUGGCCAAUCACAUGGAAAGCGGCGUUAUGCCGGGGCGGGUUCAUGUGACAAAGGCGACAUUACUGCAACUGGGCAAUCGCUUUGAAGUGGAGCCCGGAAACGGAGGUUCGCGAGAUGCUUACCUGUCCGAGCAUAGCGUUGAAACUUUUCUCAUCAUUCCUCCAAAGGUACAAAAGCAAAGAGGAAAGCGGGCCGGGGAACGUCAAGGCACUGCAGCAUCCAGACCGAGCAGUAAAAUGACCAAGUAUGUAGAGUGCUGGGGUGCAGGCAAGCCCUUUGCUAAUAUUACGGAGACGACGCUGGCAAAAAAUAUAGGCCUUACAAGUAUAGCAAUGAUCGAAUCCAAUUUGUUAACGAAUAACGCCUCAUGUUUCGACGUAAAACAUUGGUGUGGUAGUCGGGAAGGCAUAUCAAGCUUGACCUAUUGGUUUGAGGAUUCUGUACAGGAGAGCCGCUACCGUGAGCAAAAGGACGAACAAUACCCUUGGUACGUUUUUACUUCCGCCCUCCUUUAUCUGCUCAUGUUCUUCGUGCAGAUCAUCUACCUGCCCGGGAGCAUAACGGUCUAUGGCUGCUUCACGGGUGGCUUAAUAUGUCUUUCAAUACUGUCGGCCAUCUCAUGGUGGGCGAGCCGAAUUACAGUCGACUCAAGAAAGUCUAAUCCCACUGGUGAGGAAAGAAUAUUUCUUAGUCGAGCCAUAAGGAUCGUCGUCUAUCUCGUAACUGUAAAUUUGGCCGUCACUUCUAGCAUCGUCACUCUGAUCGAUAUUGAACCUAAGUGGGAAAGCAACAUUGCGCCUAUGUACGUUGAGUGCGCAGCCAUUGCUUUAGUAAUUGGAUGGGUAAAUUUAAGGGUGGGCUCGGUUCUAAAGCUCGGCAUGAUGACCUUAUCCAUCAUCUCGCUACUCAUUGUGUUCUCUCAAUUUGAGAUCCUACGAAGUUAUUACAUGGACCCCAGGAAUGAAUUUCACCAAGUGAAUUAUCUCGUCCAGAUAGGCUUUCUACUGGGACUCUUGAUCCUCGUAUUACACGUCUUCGAUCGUAGAAUCGAGUACACAUCACGGACAGACUUUUUGUGGAAGAACAAGCUCAAAGUUGAGCAGGAACAAGUGGAAACUAUUAGGGGCGUCAACAAGGUACUGCUAGAAAAUCUUUUGCCCGCUCACGUAGCUGGCCACUUCCUUGCCACCCGAGAAAAUCAGGAUCUAUAUCAUGAGACCUACCGUUGUAUUGCCGUAAUGUUUGCUUCGAUACCAAACUACAAAGAAUUUUACGAUGAAACAGACAUCAACAAACAAGGACUUGAGUGUCUGAGGUUGCUGAACGAGAUAAUCUGCGAUUUUGACAAAUUGCUACUAAAGCCGAAAUAUUCGAGUAUUGAAAAAAUCAAGACAAUCGGCAGCACUUAUAUGCUUGCCUGUGGUCUCAGUCCAGGAAAAGAAGAUGGAGAUGGACUGAUAAAUUUGAAUAAAAUGCAAGAGCACAACGUUGUCGUGCUCGUUGAAUUUGCAAUAUCCCUAAUGACUUUGCUCAACCAAAUUAAUCAAGAUUCGUUUCAACGGUUUAAGCUAAGAAUAGGAUUAAAUCAUGGUCCCGUAAUAGCUGGAGUGGUUGGUGCCCAGAAACCUCAGUACGACAUCUGGGGCAAUACGGUCAACGUAGCUUCUCGUAUGGACAGUUGCGGUGAAAUGGGCCGAAUCCAAGUAACCGAAGACACCGCUAAGGUACUUAUGAACGCUGGCUACGAACUUAUCUGCCGUGGACCAACUUACGUGAAGGGCAAGGGUACCCUGACCACUUAUUUUGUAAAAACACCCUUUGACGGCAAGAAAGAUUAAUAAUCUUCACCAUUGGCAAAAAUAGGUAAAGCUCUGUAAGAACGUUAUUUUUCUUAUGUGCAUUUAAAGAGCAGCCUGACGUGUUGUGCGGCUUUUAUUGAGUUUUGUUCAGAAUUUCAUUUCCACAAAUGUAGAAUUUUUUUUAAUUAUAUUUAUUAUUUAUUUAUGACAAAUGCUUAAAUGACUACUUGCAAAUAUAGCUUGGAAGUGUAUAAGAGAGAAAUUAUGAAAGUGACAAUCUACUGUUAAAAUAUAGUAAAAUAUAGUAUAACAGUGUUUUACACGGCUACUCCUUAGUACCUCUGAUCUUCUGCCAAACUCUUAUAUUGUUUUCGAAGAGUAGAAAGUCAAAUAUACUUUGUUUGCUUAAGUCUUAUGAAAAAUAAUUCAUACGCCAUUAAGACUUAUACAAAAAUAAGGGUUGAACUCGAGCUCUUAAUGUAUGUCUUACAGCUGGACAAAAAUCUGUCAUACAUAUACAUGAAUAUAUAAAUUGGUAUCCUCCUGUAUUAUAAAAGUUUUCAUGUGGUGCCUUCUAUAAAUUUCUUCUCAGCCCAACAAGUGUAUCACGGUUCCCUACAUCCCCCCCCCCCUCAAAAAAUAAAGAAACACUUAAGUUAUUUCUAAAAAGUUUUAAUGUAAUAAAAUCUGGGUAGACAAGAGUCUCCCACAUCCCCCACAAUCUAUUUUUAUGCUAUUUUUAAGUAAUAGAUGGUUUUUAAGUUGAUGAUG